CUCUGCAGACGCUCCCACGCCUCCACUCAUUCUCCAUUUCUGCAUCGACACGCAAUCAGGCAUCUCGUGAUGGUGAUCAAUUUGCCAUAAAUCACUGCGGUGGCUUUGAACUUGGCAGGUGCGGCGUUUGAUAUUGGUCUAGAUGAGAUGGAACGGGGAAGAAAUGAAGCUGAGUAACAAGUGACACCUGUGCACAGCACACCUUGAACCACGGGGGAGCUGGGACCCGAUCACGCAGAGCAGCAGGUUGACGUCCUCCCAGUUGGAUCAGGGCUCAGAGUCUCUCCUUUCCGUCAGUCACACAUUUCAGUUGCAAAGCAGGAAACUCCAAAGUGGAAUUACAUUUUUGUUAGACACAUUAACACAGGUAUGUGUUGAUCAAAAUCCACUUCUCUAUUUUCCAUUCCCUCAAAAUCCAGACGUGCAUUUACGAUAUAUUAUGGAUUAGAAAUAUCAUAAUCCGAUAUAUAUCUAGAAUCAAAUUUCAUUUAUUUUUCAGACGAUUGAUUGUCUCGUCAGUCUGAAUGUCAUCAACCCUCAAGGGACAGUCUCAGAAGGGAUCUCACACCAUUGAUCGCAUGAAAUGUCAAAAUAUGAGACUCAUGAGUUGGACUGUUCGUCUCCACUGGUUUGUGUUGGAUUGUGAAUCUCACAGCGCAGCAACCCUGCAGCAACAGGCAGAGACUAUUCAAGUCGUCUGGAGUUAAAACACUCCUACAAAAUAUUCCUGUCAGAUUAUUUAUUAUCCUGAACGUUUGGAAAGUGUAUCUAUCGUCUGAUGCAGCUGCCAAAAAUAAAUGAACACGAAUAUGAUUGGUAUGGUUUUCAACAUUCCAGACUUUACAGCUCAGCAGUUCUGAAUUUCUAUUAUAUCUCAUAGCCUCCGGCAGCUUGUGUUUGUGUCUGCCCGAGACCCUCAGAGACGUCUCUAAGUGUCUUGUCCUCCUCCUCCAGUCUGCCGUCCCUCCCUAACCCUAACCCACAUAGUUUCUAAACCGCUGAAUUCCCCCAAGGUCAAAUGUGGCCAUCGCCCGUCAGGCUUCGACUGAAGAGAAAGCGGCGCACACAUCAUUAUGCGACCGUCUGUGUACACAAGGCUGCUCGCUUUUGCAUAGAGAAGAGUCUAACUAGGUCUUGGGCUAAAUAAAGCCAAACACACACACACACACACUCACACUCACACACCCUGUCAUGCGGAGACUGCCCAGGUUGUCGUAUCCUAGCAACAGAGACAGGCAUGGAGCGCUCAGUCUCAUCCUGUCCAGCUCUGGAGCGGUGGAGUCAGACCUCCGUCCCCGGCUGCUCGGUUUCACACAUCUCUGAUUCCUCUCAGGUCUCAUGUCUCAUGUCUCUGUCUUCCUCUCGCUCCAUCUAUUCAGCGGGGGGGGGGACACACCUCCUCCCAUGUCUGAGCCUCCUUCUUCCACUCAGUCAGAGCGAGGAGUCGUCAGUGGGAAGGCAGGAGAGAUUCAAGGAGGAGACACGGUGACAUCAUCAGUGUCUGGCAGGCGGAGAUUUUUGAGGAAACCCUGACUGGACCUCUCAUCGAUGUGAGAAAGAAAACAAGAGAUUUGAGCCUCUUCCUCUGAGCUGAGAUAAUAACGAGCAGCGUCCCCGUCUGCAGGAGGAGCAGCCACACUCGUCUCUUUUUGGAAAAUACUCAAGCCGGGAAACACUUUGAAAACAGGUAUUGUUUUGUUUUUCCAGAAAACUCCAGCUCUUCCCUAAAAUCAAUAAAUCAAUAAAAGGAAUCAGGGCUGUUCCGUUCAGGAUGCACACUCCUGCCUCCAUGGUGAUGGGGAUCGUAUUCUCCCCUCUGGGUCUUGUUCUUGUCUUCACCGCUGCCAUCACCCCCCAGUGGAGAGAGGGACAAGCGCGUCUCGGAAUGACGGGACCGUGGUCAUUUCUUCGACCUGGCGUCAAAGGUCAAGGGACUGGGGUCAAGCCAGUGGAGUUUCUGCUCCUGAUGCGUUCUGACGGCCUGUGGGAGAGCUGCCUGCAGGUGGAGCACUCUGAGCUGAAGCAGUGCUGGCCUGUGGCGGGUGCGUACCAGAGGGACCCGCGGGUUCGCCUCACGCAAGGUCUGAUCCUGACCUCCUUGUUCCUGUGCGGCACCGGUAUUGUCCUGGCCUGCAUCGGGGUCCGGUGCUGGACAGAUCUGCCUCUGAGGGGCAUCGCAGCCACAGGUGGGCUCCUGGUGGGGAUGGCCGGCCUGCUGAGCCUCACCGCCCUCGGGGUGUACACACACAACCUCGGAAAGCUGGGGCUGACGGCGCCGGGCCCGGGGCUCAAUCACCACAGGUCGCCCCUCCUCAUCCUGCGUCCAGCCGGCUCGCUCUACUUUGGGUGGCUGGGGUCGUGUCUGCAGGUGCUGGGGGGCAGCGCUCUGCUGUUCGGCUUCAAGAAACCAAGAUGUCCGACCUGCCCGUCUUGCCCGGAGGUGCCCGUGUGCCCCGCGUGCCGCUCAUUUCCAGACAUCAGCGACAAGGGAGACACAGAUGUUUAUGAAGUCACCUGUUAGGAGUUCCAGACUUAACCAUGCACAUAUUUGGACGUGUGGCCACUUCUUAAAGUCACUUCCUCAGCCAGUCUCAUCUGCCACUUCAGGAAAUGAGUCAAAUAAACUGUGAACAACAGAUUAUUAUCACUUCCUGAUCGCUGGACUCUUUUCGCCAGGUAGGGACUUGAUUGAUGAACUUUACUUCUCGACGUGGGCGGAGACUUUAAUUUGUGGGGUGCAAACUCCAGAGGGAUGAAUCACGAGGAUCGUUACUGAUUCAUUUAGAACAUUGUGUGCUCAACUUCCUGCUGCCUUUAACCGUGACAUGUAGUGAAACGUGAGUGACAUCUCUGUGCUGCCUCUCACGCUGUAGCCAGGCCUUUGUGCUGUUAGAGAGAAACAUGACCCUGUUUGUAUCCGACACGGGGUCAUGAGGGAAAUUCAAAUAGAGCUGGAUGGAAGAGCUAUUUUCACAUUUCAGUAGACUAGAAUAAUAAAACUAAAUUUAAUUUGUAAUUUGUCCUUUUACGCUACUUAGUAAAUGGAAAAUUGUGCUAAAAUUAUGUGAAAACUGCUUUUGAGUGUUUUCUGAUUAAGUCACUGUUAUCCAUGAACAUGAAACUGUUAGAUGCUAAUUUGUUUGCCGUCCGUCUGGAUGAAUCUUCGUAUGAUACCUUCACUGAGGAGCCUUCAUCCAACUCAUGUGACGUUUCUCACUGUGAGAGAAAGGGUUUGAAGUGGACGACAGGGUCUUGUUUGUUCUUUGUAGAUUAUUUGUUGUCGAUGUUUACUUGUUAUAUUGUGUUCUUACUCGAUGGUUCAAUCUGCAAUGAAUAAAAAAU